AUGUAUAUAAAAGCCCGCGACGCGUCUGAGAGUCACAAGCCAACGCAUCCAGCCACAGGAACAAUGGCAUUCAAGUUCGUCGUCUUCGCCGCCCUCGUGGCCGUCGCUAAGGCCGGCGUCAUCGGCGCCCCCGCCGUCUACGCCCCCGGCGCGCCCCUGGCCGCCCGCGCCUACGCCGCCCCUGCUCUGGGCUACGCGGCGCCCCUCGCCCGCGCCUACGCCCCCGCUCCUCUGGCCUACGCCGCCGCCCCCGCCGUCGCUAAGGUCGCCGCCCCCGUCGCCGUCGACACCGACUACGACCCCAACCCCCAGUACAGCUACGCCUACGACAUCCAGGAUGCUCUGACCGGCGACAGCAAGGGCCAGCAGGAGUCUCGCAACGGUGAUGUCGUCCAGGGCUCUUACUCCCUGGUUGAGCCCGACGGCACCCGCCGCACCGUCGAGUACACCGCCGACCCCGUCAACGGCUUCAACGCUGUCGUGCACCGUGAGCCCGCCGUCGUCGCCAAGGCUGUCGCUGCUGCCCCCGUGGCCGUCGCCCACGCUCCCGUCGCCGCCUACGCCGCCCCCGUGGCUAAGGUCGCCGCCCCCGUCGCCGCCUACGCUGCCCCCCUGGCGGCUAAGGCUUACUACGGCUAA